AAACGUUAAACGUACUAAUCACUUCUUCCCCUAUAAAAUAAAGCCUCUCUAAUUUCUUAUCUCCUUCCUCAAAUCACACUGCAUCAAAUCGGAACUGUAACCAAAAAAUAAAAAUAAAACGCCGUCGUUUCACAAUGCUCUCUUCUUCUUCAAGUUUCUUCGCUACUCCAUUUCUCUCUUCUUCUUCUUCUCCGCCGUUCUCUCUUGUUUCACCACCGUCAAUUGUUUCCCGGAUCUCGCCGUCUCUUUCUGCAACCACCGCUUCCUACACCUGCGCCGAUGAUCCACCGAGAUUACGCCAAAUCCCGCAGCGAUUUUCAGCGACCGCGUCUCUCUACGAGAUCCUUGAAAUUCCCGUCGGCUCGACUAGUCAAGAGAUCAAAUCGGCUUACCGACGAUUAGCUAGGAUCUGUCAUCCCGAUGUAGCGGGAAAUAGUCGGAAUAGCUCGUCGGCGGACGAUUUUAUGAAGAUCCACGCGGCGUAUUGCACGCUUUCGGAUCCCGAGAAACGCGCCGUUUAUGAUCGGAGGAAUCUUCGACGGAGCCGGCCGUUAACUGCUGGAUACGGCAGUUACGGCGGACGGAAUUGGGAAACGGAUCAGUGCUGGUAGCGAGUUGACUCGGUGUGUCGAGUUGACCCAAACGCAGAGAUUAAUAGUAAUUUGUAAAUGCUAAAUCUGGGAGAUUAGCCGGUAAUUAGUGUGCUAAUAUCACUCACCCAUCAACACGUACUGCUGUUUAUUCUACCACGUUAAAAUUAACUAGGUUCUAUAUUUUCGUUAUGUAUCGGUUAAUCAUUUCAUUUUUAUGAAAUAUUUUGUGAAACAUAUACUAUAAAAUAACGAUAUUUCAAUGA